CGUGACGCGCGGCCCUGCAGGAGAAGAAGAGCAGCAGCAGCAGCAGCAGCAACAGCACACAUCUCCGCACAAUGCAGCCAGGAGCGUCCAGCGAUCUGGCGUGCGGCUCGUUCUGAGAGACGUGUAUAUAUAUUUAUGUUUGUUGUUGUCGUUGUGCUUAACGGGCUCGGGAACCCCGGUGCAAAAGGCGGCGGAGACCCUACCGGAUCACGCGAUGUGUGGAUGGACGGCGCGCACUACUUUGACUCUUCGCCCUCUCCAAGCGGACUAUGAGGUCCCCCCUCCGAGUGAAACUUUGUCGGAUCGCGAGUGGGAAUCGGUAAGCAGCGCGCAGACCCCGCAACAUGGCCUCGGCUGCUAGUGCGCCCCCCGAGCCUGGGACAGGAGAGCCCGACCGGCCGAGGCUAACGCGGAGGACCCGGAGGGACUCGAGCCGCGAGCCUCCGCAGCCGCCGCCGCCGCCGCCGCCUCCACCGCCGGAUUUGGACUACCUGCAGCGGCCGAGCUAUUGCGACGCGGGCUUCGCUUUGGAGCAGAUCUCCCAGGGCAAGGCAACCGGGAGAAAAGCGCCGCUAUGGCUGAGAGCAAAGUUCCAGAGACUUUUAUUCAGGCUGGGCUGCUACAUACAAAAGAACUGUGGAAAGUUUUUGGUGGUGGGCCUCAUGAUUUUUGGAGCGUUCGCGGUGGGCUUACGGGCAGCUAAUUUGGAGACGGAUGUGGAGAAGCUUUGGGUAGAAGUGGGUGGGCGUGUGAACCAGGAACUGAAGUACACUCGGCAGAAGAUCGGUGAAGAGGCCAUGUUCAACCCUCAGCUCAUGAUCCAGACGCCACGCCAGGAGGGAGCCAGCGUGCUGACGGUGGACGCGCUGCUGCAGCACCUGGAGUCAGCCAUGCGAGCCAGUAGAGUUCAUGUUUACCUUUACAACCGACAAUGGAAAUUGGAACAUUUAUGCUACAAAUCAGGAGAACUAGUCACGGAAACACAUUUUAUGGAUCAGAUCAUAGAAAAACUUCAUCCCUGUCUCAUCAUCACGCCUCUUGACUGUUUCUGGGAGGGAGCUAAGCUCCAGUCUGGGAUGGUCUAUUUACCAGGUAAAGACCCUUUGCAGUGGAUCAAUUUUGACCCCAAGGACUUCCUCGAGGAUCUGCGGCUGGCACACUUUCCUGUGGACAGCUUUGAGGACAUGUUGGAAAAGGCCGACGUUGGCCACGGCUACAUGGACCGACCCUGCCUGAACCCCGCCGACCCCGACUGUCCCCUCACUGCCCCCAACAAGAACUCCACCAAGCCUUUAGAUGUGGCGUGGGCCCUGAGCGGCGGCUGCCAUGGCCUGUCCAGGAAGUACAUGCACUGGCAGGAGGAGCUGAUUGUAGGUGGUACCACCAAGAACGGCAGCGGACCUCUGCUCAGCGCUCAGGCCUUACAGACCAUGUUCCAGCUGAUGACUCCCAAGCAGAUGUUUGAGCACUUCAGGGGCUACGAGGAGGUUUCCCACAUCAACUGGAAUGAGGAAAAGGCCGCGGCUAUACUGGAGGCCUGGCAGAGGAGAUAUUCUGAGGCUGUGUUACAGAGUGUCGCAGCUAACUCGUCCCAGAAGGUCUUGUCUUUCACCACCACCACCCUGGAGGACAUUCUCAAGUCCUUCUCCGACAUCAGCGUCAUUCGAGUGGCCAGUGGCUACUUGCUGAUGCUGGCCUACGCGUGUCUGACCAUGCUGCGGUGGGACUGCGCCAAAUCUCAGGGGGCCGUCGGGUUGGCGGGCGUUCUGCUGGUGACGCUGUCAGUGGCGGCGGGCCUCGGCCUCUGCUCUCUACUGGGCAUCACCUUCAAUGCCGCCACCACACAGGUGCUGCCAUUUCUGGCACUGGGUGUGGGUGUGGACGACAUCUUCCUUCUCGCUCACGCCUUCAGUGAGACGGGACAGAACAAGAGGAUCCCAUUUGAGGACCGCACAGGCGAGUGUCUGAAGAGGACCGGGGCCAGCGUGGCGCUCACCUCCAUCAGCAACGUCACCGCCUUCUUCAUGGCUGCCCUCAUUCCCAUCCCGGCGCUCCGGGCAUUCUCCUUACAGGCUGCAGUAGUGGUGGUGUUUAACUUUGCCAUGGUCCUGCUCAUCUUCCCAGCCAUCCUCAGCAUGGACUUGUACCGACGAGAAGACAGACGCUUUGACAUUUUCUGCUGCUUUUACAGCCCAUGUGCCAACCGUGUGAUCCAGAUGGAGCCUCAGGCGUACCUGGAUGGAUCAGAUGGGAGUCGCUACAGCCCACCGCCGUCCUACCGCACGGCACUGCCGUUUUACCACACGCCUCCUCCCAGCUACAGCCCGCCGCCCUCCUACAGCAGCCACAGCUUUGCCCAGCAGACCCAGAUCACCAUGCAGUCCACGGUGCAGCUCCGGACCGAGUAUGACCCCCGCACGCAGGCUUUCUACACCACAGCUGAGCCCCGGUCUCAGAUAUCCGUGCAACCCAUCAACCCACCUCCCGGCCGGAGCAACCCUCGCAGCGACUAUUACAACAAUAACAACAGCGGGAGGCGGAGUCACCGGACAGCUCGAUACCGUCACUCUGGGCCUCCAGCUGCUGCUUCAGGUGCAGUCCCUCAGCAGGAUUCUGCUUCAAGAAGCAGCCAGAGUCCAGAGAAUAACAGCUCCACACGGGACUUGCUCUCCCAGUUUGGGGAGGCCUCGCUUGGCCUAAGGUGCAUGGAGCCUCCCUGCACCCGCUGGACACUGGCUUCUUUCGCAGAGAAGCACUAUGCUCCUUUUCUGCUGCAGUCCACCACCAAGGUGGUGGUGAUCGCGCUCUUUCUCUGCUUGCUGGGGGUCAGCCUAUAUGGCACCACCCAGGUGCGCGACGGCCUGGAGCUGACCGACAUCGUGCCGAGGGAGACCAGCGAGUAUGACUUCAUCGGCGCCCAGUUCAAGUUCUUCUCCUUCUACAACAUGUACGUGGUGACGCAGCGGGCCGACUACGCUCAGAAGCAGCCGCUGCUGUACCAGCUUCACCGCAGGUUCCGGACCGUCCGCUAUGUACUGAAGGAGGACAACGGACAGCUGCCCCCCAUGUGGCUUCACUACUUCAGGGACUGGCUGCAAGGUCUGCAGCAGGCAUUUGACAAGGACUGGGAGGCCGGCCGCAUCACUCUGAACAGCUACAGGAAUGGCUCGGACGACGGCGUCUUGGCGUACAAGCUUCUGGUGCAGACAGGACGCAGAGAGAAGCCCAUCAACUCUAACCUGCUGACCCGUCACAGGCUUGUGGACGCCGACGGGAUCAUCAACCCCACAGCCUUCUACAUCUACCUGACCGCCUGGGUCAGCAACGACCCGGUUGCCUAUGCCGCGUCACAGGCCAACAUUCGCCCGCAUCCUCCCGAGUGGCUCCACGACCGCACCGACUCUAUGCCCGAAACGCGCCUCAGCAUCCCCGCUGCAGAGCCCAUCGAAUACGCACAGUUCCCCUUCUACCUCAACGGGCUCCGGGAGACGCCGCAGUUCGUGGAGGCCAUCGAAAGCGUGCGAGCCAUCUGCGGCAACUACAGCCGCCAAGGCCUGCCCUCGUACCCCAACGGUUAUCCCUUCCUCUUCUGGGAGCAGUACGUCAGUCUUCGCCACUGGCUCCUGCUCUCCAUCAGCGUGGUGCUCGCAUGCACCUUCCUGGUCUGCGCCCUCUUCCUGCUCAACCCGUGGACCGCCGGCAUCAUUGUGCUGGUGCUGUCACUCAUGACAGUGGAGCUGUUUGGCUUCAUGGGGCUGAUGGGAAUCAAGCUGAGUGCCGUCCCCGUGGUCAUCCUCAUCGCCUCGGUGGGCAUCGGGGUGGAGUUCACCGUCCACGUGGCCCUGGCCUUCCUGACAGCCAUAGGGGACCGCCACAAGCGGGCAGUGCUGGCUCUGGAGCACAUGUUUGCGCCGGUGCUUGACGGCGCCUUCUCAACGUUGUUGGGCGUUCUGAUGCUCGCCGGCUCGGAGUUCGACUUCAUCGUCAGGUAUUUCUUUGCAGUACUCGCCAUCCUAACAGUUCUGGGAGUUCUGAACGGACUGGUCCUUCUUCCCGUUUUGUUGUCCUACUUUGGGCCCUAUCCUGAGGUGUCUCCAGUGGAUGGUCGCAGCAGGUUACCCACCCCAGAGUCACCGUCUCACAUGGUCCGGUUUUCGGUCCGUCCCCACCCCGCCGCUUCGGCCUCGGCCACCUCAGGUGCGGCCUCGGACUCGUCGGACUCCGAGUACAGCUCCAACAGCAGCGCGUCAGGCGUCAGCCAGGAGCUGCAAAACGACAACCUGCCCCCACACAGGGGGCACGCUGAAGCCGAAGAACAACAGCAGCAGUACCACCUCCACACCAGCAGAGGCAGAGUAACCAGGACGGAGGAGGAAAGGAGGGCGGGAUCGGGGCACAGGCGCUCAACCAGGCAGCCCGAUCCCCCAACUUAUAAUGUGUCCUCGUCUCAGGGCUGUAAUGCUGGACCUGGGCCCAGCGGUCCCCAACGUAACAGGGACCCCAAGGGCCAGCAGCACCGGCAGGCCCCGCCUCCAGGCCGCCCGCGCACGGACGCUUUUGAAACCUCCCCCGAGGCCGGCGCCCACUUUGGCGCCCACGGCCACAGGGAACACUCGGCGGGCCACCGGGGACGCACCCCCCUGCACCGCCCCAACCCUUACGGUCAGCCCAUCACCACGGUGACGGCGUCGGCCUCCGUCACCGUUGCCGUCCACCCCCCCGCCUCAUCCUACCCGGGAUACGCUGCGACGGACGCUUAUCGCCAGGAGGAGCCCCAGCCCUCCUUCCAGGAUCCCCACGUACCCGCGGACCCCCACGUGGAAGGCAGAGGGAGUACGGUGGAGGCCAUGGAGCUCCAGGAUCUGGAGUUUGAGGCAGCUGACAGCAACAGUGGCAGGCGGGCCAGCUGAGUGUGUGUUCGUGUCACGGCCAAAGAUGAACUAUAAGCAGAUGACCUGGCCCGGCCCGGCUUGCCCAUGGUCCUAAUGCCUUCCUUUCAUGGUGCUCAUUGUUACUGUAACCCCGUGGUCUCUUGUCUUAAAAUAUUUCUAUAUAUAUUUAAAAUGAUGUAUACAUAUGUAAAUAGGAACAAAAAGGUAGCUUUGUUUAGGAAGGAGAGAGAGUUGUGCACGUCCUCACGUUAACAGACUGGGGCUGCCAUUUUAUAUGGUGUGUGUCUAUGGUUGUGUUUGUGUGUGUGAUUCAAUCCCAAUAAGUUGACCCGGUUUGAACUAUGCAAAUGUAGGAAGGAGAACAAAGACGUGGUUUGGUGGGUAUCGCAGAGUUAGCGAUAUGAUAUUCCAAUAUACUCAGCAAUAAUUGAUAUAUUGGGAGAAAAUCAGCUAUGCAUAUAAAUAUCAAAAACAUUAUAUAAUUUAAUACAAAAUACCAUUUCUGAUGCAAUUGGUUCAUUGGCAAAAUAUUAUUUUGUGAUACUAUUGGCAUUGUCAGCAAAUUAUUGUCUCAAGAUACUAUUAAUAUUGCAAAAAUAAAAUUUUGUGAUACUAUUGGUAACAUUAACAAUAUACUAUACAAUGAUACAGUUGGUAUUGUGAUGCUAAUAGUAUCAUUGGCAAAAUAUCAUAUCGUGAUACUAUUGGUAUUGUUGACAAAAUAUAUUGUGAUACAUUUGGUAUCUUUGGCAAACUUCUGUAUUGUCAUAUGAUCGCUAUCGUGAUACUAUCAUGAUACUUUGGUAUCAAUGGUAAAAUACUGUACCAUAUUGUGAUACUUUUAGUAUUUUUGGCAAAAUAUAAUAAUAUUGUAUAACUGGUCAAAUAUAGUAUUGUACUAUUGGUAUUGUGAUACUACAGUUAUCCUGGGAAAAAUACUGUAAUGUAAUGUUAUUGGUAUUGUGAUACUAUUAAUAUUGUAGACAUAAUACCGUAAUAUGAUACUAUUGAUAUCGUCAGAGUACCAUAUUGCGAUUCCGUGAUCCCCACCGCUUCCAUGUAUGUAUGUUAGCUUUGUAAUGAUCAUUGGAAACAUGAGGGAAAUCGUGGUUAGCAUUGUUUGCUAGUCCAAAGUGUGCGUGCGUAUAAAACGUGUGUGUGUGUGUGAUUGUUGUACAAAGGUACACGUGUUGAACUAUGACAUCUUAUCACAAACCUGUGGUAGUUUUUGUAACAAUGAUGUUUUAACUCCACACGCUAUGCGUGCUAUUUAAGACGAGCAGAUAUGAAGACAUUUUUUUUAAUGAAGCUGGUUUUUGUUUGUUUGUCUGUUUGUUUGUUUGUUUGUUUUCAAGUCACUGCCUCAACAUUGGAACCUGUUUGUGCACUCAGCUUCUCUUAUUUGUGUUUGUUUUUGCAUGGAGAAAAGGGUGGGGAACCUUAAAGUCCUAUCAGUGGCCACUGAAGGUUUUAUAUAGUCAUCCGAGGGCCAGAGGUGGCAAAAGUCGUCACAUUCUGUACUUAGAAGUAAGCAGAAGUACAGGCCCUUGUGUAAGAAAAAAAAGAAGAAGUGUUGGUUUAUCUCCUGUCAGUAAGUAAAAGUCAAAAAAAGUACACUCUGACAUGUUAAAAGAUGGCUAUUUACUGUCAAUUAUAUACAAUACCUGUUUUGAUAACAUGCUCAAUGAAAAUGGUGCACCUUUGUGCAAACAAAAUAGUUUCUUUCUUGACUAACAAAACUGACUAACAAAAAAAGGCUAAAUUAGCUAAUGAUAACACCUGAGGGUCGCAUCAAAUGCUCUUAUACGACCCACAAGCUGCAUGUUCCCCACCAUUUACUGUAGAAGCUUAUGUCUUGUUUAACCUUACCUGACAACAAACAGGUUAGUUUUUUU